UCCAUUGGUCCAGCCAGUUGGAGCGCAGAGAACAACAAACAAGGUAGGGUGAAGAUCGUCGGGAUGGAUGCAGCUACUUUGACAUACGACACACUUCGCUUUGGAGAAAUAGAAGAUUUUCCUGAGACCUCAGACCCUGUGUGGAUCCUGGGGAAAGAAUACAGCGCGCUCACAGAGAAAGAAGACAUUUUAUCAGACGUCACUUCACGAUUGUGGUUCACAUACAGAAAAAACUUUCCACCAAUUGGUGGAACUGGACCAACAUCAGACACAGGAUGGGGAUGCAUGCUACGGUGUGGGCAGAUGAUCUUAGGAGAGGCCUUGGUGUGCAGACACUUAGGCAGAGACUGGAGAUGGGCCAAAGGCCAGAAACAAAGAGAAGAGUACAUCAGUAUUCUCAAUGCCUUCAUUGACAAAAAAGACAGCUAUUAUUCCAUCCAUCAAAUUGCCCAAAUGGGAGUUGGAGAGGGAAAGCCUAUAGGCCAGUGGUAUGGACCAAACACAGUUGCCCAGGUUCUGAAGAAGCUGGCAGUGUUUGAUACGUGGAGCAGAUUAGUUGUACACGUGGCGAUGGACAACACUGUGAUCAUCGAAGAGAUCAAACGUCUUUGUAUGCCCUGGUUGGACAUUGAAGGAGCUUGUGGAGACCCAGAGGGAGUUGGGGAGCUCAACGGCUGCCUGGAGGGAGCAUGCGCUCUGGCUGAAGAGGACUCGGCUCUUUGGAAACCUCUGGUUCUGCUCAUCCCCCUCAGGCUGGGCCUGAGCGAUAUCAAUGAGGCCUAUAUUGAAACGCUCAAGCAAUGCUUCAUGCUGCCUCAGUCCCUGGGUGUCAUCGGGGGGAAACCCAACAGUGCCCAUUACUUCAUUGGUUAUAUCGGAGAAGAGCUCAUCUAUUUAGACCCACACACCACACAGCCUGCAGUGGAGCCGUGUGAAGAUGGCCAGGUCCCCGAUGAGACGUACCAUUGUCAGCACCCACCCUGCCGCAUGCACAUCUGUGAGCUGGACCCAUCCAUCGCAGCGGGUUUCUUCUGCAGAACGGAGGACGAGUUUGAUGACUGGUGUAUGCGCAUAAGGAGGAAAACGGAUGGAAAAGGCCACAGGACCUCUAACUGGACUAGAAGGCUUCAGGAAAACAUUGAGCUAGCUUUGACUUCCAGCUGUCCUUUAUCAGAACAGCUGCUGUUUGUCACACAAGUAAUACUGGAACAGUGGAAAUAAACAAGAACGAUUUAGUUUCUUCUACAUAGACAAUAAAACCAAUAAAAAAGAGAGGUGACAUCAGUCUCAUGAAGUCUUUAUUUAACAUGACAAGCAUGGUAAAUUUUGCUUGUCACAUUGCACCAUAAACCCAGCCAGUCAUGCAUAAUUACUGAAGACACCAUAAUAAGUUACAUUAGGUAAAAACUAACAUCAUUUAACCAAACUCUGCAUUUAUCUUUACGUCAUCAUACAAAGCUGGUGGUCAUCCUGCAGGUGAUGAAAGAUCCAUGCAUUUUCUAUACUCAGGAGGGGGCUGGAGCCUAUCCCAGCAGCUACUGGGUGAGAAGUUACCAGUCCAUCGCAGGGCGGAGAUGAAGCAUUAUUAACAUAUUUCCUCCUUUCACUGCAGCUUUUAAUGCCAUUAUUUACAGGCUGGCUAACCAUCCUCCACAGUAGCCAUGAUUACAUGGACAAAUAUGUCAUCUAUCUGAUUCAGAUCAGUCUGAUCAUAUUUCAGCUAACAAGUUUCCAUGGACGCGAGAAUAAGUGGUCUGAUCAGCUGUGUGUUUAUGAUAUAAAGAUUGACAUGUGUCAUGUGGAAAAAUUCAGAGGAAGGAAAAUAUUUUUUCAUGAGCUUUUUGACUGAUAAGAUGCUCAGUAAUCCUUAACUCUUUCAGUUUCUAACAAAAACAUGUCUGCCACAGCCUUGUUCUGUGUUGCUGCCGCCAUUUUUCCAAGUCUUCCCUGAAACUCAUUAUGCCACCAAACCCCAACGUGGUUCAGGCGUGCACAGAAACAUCCACCACAGAAACCAUCAGAAUGACUGAAGACGUGGUUAUUUUUCCCUGCUCAUCUCAUCAUGAAAAUGUCAAAACCACGCCUCUUAACUGGAUUGAACAUUCCUUCUGAUCCAGGUCUGUUGGAUAAGCUGAGACGUUUACAUGAUGCCGUUUUAUUCUGAUUGGAAGGUCAACCACAUCAAAAGUUUUUCAUGGAAACCCUACUACACACACAGUGGUCAGUGUAACCGAAAAAAAUACUGGUGACUUAAUCUGUUCGUUUUGUUUCUUCUGUACUGUCCCACUGGGACAUGGAAUAAAAACAAAGCAACACAAGCAGUUACACACGUAUGUUUCCGCUCCGUGUGCGAUUCUGACAUAAUCCUUUAUGGGAAGCGAUAUUGAGGAUUGUUUACAAUUGAUUAAUUGUGGCGUUUAAUACUGUGAUUGAUUGUGACAUCCCUGUUUAGGUUAAUGUAAUUAGCAGAAUUAUAUAUUUUUUUAU